AUGGUCAAGAAUCUUACAUUCGACAUCCGUUACGACAACGAGCUAGCCCACGACUACUAUGGAGAUGGGGAAAAGUUGACUAAUCGUCUGCAGCAGAUUUAUCACGACAAGAACCUUCAAUUCCCCAAUCAGUUCGAUUCCACUUCCACUUACCCUCCGAUUCACUUCAUGUCGGUGGAGGCCUCGGACGAUGCCAAUGUUGAGGAUCUGAGGAGCGUGAAUGUUCCUCCUGGCUUGAAUGUUGAAAUCAUAGACUUCGAGGACUAA